AUGUUAAUAUAUAUACAAACCGCUGAUGAACCUAUUGCUACAGAAGAAAUACUUGAUAGUAAGAGAAUAAUUUCUAUAGUUCAAGCCAAGAAAAAUAAUGAUAAGCCAACCAGGCAAAAAAUUGAGAAAGAGAAUGAAGACGAAGUACUUGAAUCACUAGUAACAGUUGCUAAAGUAUGUAGUGCAAUAAAAACUAUUGUUCAUUAUGAAGAGCAAGAUAAUUCAGAAUCAAAUCUGUUGUUAGAUAAAUUAGAAUUUUUAAGAAAAUUACUCAAAGAGUAUAAACAUAUAUUCGAAAAAUCAAAAAAGCAAUCAAAGAUCACUAGUUUCUUUAUUUUCCCAAAUUCAUACUCCAAUGAUUCACAUCUUCAUGACUUCUAUCCCUAUGAUUUGUAUUCUCAAGAUUCAUAUCCUCACGAUUUAUAUUUCCAAGACUUGUAUCUUCAAGAUUCAUAUUCCUAUAACUCAAAUUCUCCAGACUUAUCUUCGUAA